AUGUCUCGUGCACUUUGGCUUCUGAUUCUGAGCCUCUUUUCGUUGACCUUCACACUCUCCGCUUCUUCUUCCUCGUGGGGAUCGCGCUCGAUCCUCCGUGCCGUCAAUACAGACAACGCUGAUGUUCACGACUACGCCGUCGAAUUGAAUGCCACGAAUUUCGAUGAAGUCCUCAGAGACACCCCUGCCUCCUUUGCCGUAGUCGAAUUCUUCGCUCACUGGUGUCCGGCUUGCAGAAACUAUAAGCCCCAUUAUGAAAAGGUUGCGAGGCUUUUCAAUGGGCCUGAUGCUGUGCAUCCAGGGAUCAUAUUGAUGACAAGGGUGGACUGUGCCUCAAAGAUAAAUACCAAACUCUGUGAUAACUUUUCUGUGGGUCAUUAUCCUAUGCUCUUUUGGGGACCUCCGUCUAAAUUUGCAUCUGCCCGUUGGGAACCUACACAAACCAAAAGUGAUAUACGUGUCAUUGAUGAUGGCCGCACAGCUGAUCGAUUGCUUAGUUGGAUCAACAAGCAAACAGGCAGCUCAUUCGCCUUGGAUGAUCAGAAAUUUGAAAAUGAGCAUCUUUCAUCAAAUGUGUCAGACCCUGGGCAGAUUGCUCGGGCUGUCUAUGACGUUGAGGAAGCAACGUCAACUGCUUUUGAAAUCAUCUUAGGACACAAGAUGAUCAAAUCAAAUACACGGGCUUCAUUAGUGAAAUUUCUUCAACUUUUGGUGGCUCAUCAUCCUUCUAGGAGGUGCCGAAAGGGAAGUGCAGAGGUACUAGUGAAUUUUGAUGACUUGUGCCCACUAGAUAUGUGGUCAGCUGACAGACAGGAAGACCAAGAUGUACAGGCUGCUCUGGGGAAUUUUCAGAUUUGUGGUAGAGAUGUUCCUCGAGGAUAUUGGAUGUUUUGCCGUGGCAGCAAAAAUGAUACCAGGGGCUUUAGCUGCGGAUUAUGGGUUCUUCUACAUUCACUUUCAGUUAGAGUUGAGGAUGGAGAGAGCAAUUUUGCGUUCACCACAAUAUGUGAUUUUGUGCAUAACUUCUUCAUCUGUGAGGAAUGUCGCCGACAUUUUUACGAUAUGUGUUCAAGUGUUUCUACUCCUUUCAACACGUCCCGCGACUUUGCCCUUUGGCUGUGGAGUGCUCACAAUAAAGUCAAUGAGAGAUUGAUUAAAGAGGAAGCCUCUUUAGGAACUGCUGAUCCCAAAUUCCCAAAAAUGAUUUGGCCUCUUAGGCAGUUCUGCCCAUCUUGUUACCUCUCUCGUAGCCAGAAAAAUGAUGGAAUUGAAUGGGACCAGGAUGAGGUGUUCAAAUUUCUGAAAGAAUAUUAUGGGAAAACGCUUGUUUCUCUUUACAAAGACAAGGGUAUUAAUGGGAAUGACGGGACAAACAGGGUUCUUGAAGAUUUGGUGCCCUCAACAAAUGCGAUUGUGGUGCCUCUGGGGGCUGCAUUGGCUGUUGCUGUUGCUAGUUGUGCAUUCGGAGCGCUUGCUUGCUACUGGCGUUCGCAGCAAAAGAGUCGGAAGUAUUUCCACCACCUUCGCUCUUUAAAGAACAUUUGA